AUGCCUACCACAAGACAUACACGGUUUUUUUGGCUGCUGGCUACUACAGUUAGUGCUGCCAUUAUCCAGAGCAGAUACAACCCUCAGUAUGCGGGUAUCCAAUUUGCCUCGGACAGGAAGCUUUCAAUCACCGUCUUCAGUGAUCUCCACUUCGGUGAGCCUGAUUCUCAACGCGGUCGGCCCUAUGCAGACCUCAAGACGGUUGGUGUCAUGAACUCCGUCCUCGACAACGAGAAACCCGACUUUGUCGUCCUCAAUGGUGACCUCCUCUCUUGCGAGUGGGUGGGACCUGGAGGCGCAAAUUCAUUGAUCGAUCAGAUAAUGGCUCCGCUUGUCAACCGCAACCUACCUUUCGGCGCAACGUUCGGUAACCAUGAUGCUUCCAAGACUUGCAGCACUAGGGACAUAUCCGAACAUAUGUGGUGGGAUAUCAAGGGCCAGAAUGGCAAGAAACUGUCUUAUACAACGCAGUUGGUAUCUGGCGAGGUUGAUCAAGUCGGCUGGAGUAACUACUUCGUUCCCAUUUACAGCUCUCAGAAUGCUGCUGAACUGAAGAUGCUCUUGUGGUUCUUCGAUAGCAAAGGUGGCCGCAAGUAUCAACCUAACGGCAAUGAUAUCGGAGUUACAAACUGGGUUGACGAGAAGGUUGUCGAGUGGUUCCGCAACACCAACAACGCAUUCACCCAGCAAUAUGGUCGCGCGAUCCCCAGCAUGGCUUUCGUGCACAUCCCGAUACAUGCAACGAGGUCUUUCCAACGGAAUGGGCGUAGCCGCACCAUGAACCCAGGCCUUAACGAAGAGAGCAUCGGACAGCAGGGCGAUGUACGCGACAGCACCGGAAACAAUUGCAAGUAUUCCGGCGCCGACAUACCGUUCAUGGGGGCGCUCGUCGAGACUGAGGGACUUAUGGCUGUUUUCUCAGGUCACGACCAUGGUGUGGACUGGUGCAUGAAAUGGGCCAAAGAUCUCCCCGAUACAUCUCCUAGUAACGGCAACGGCCUCAACAUCUGCUUCAAUCGCCACUCGGGCUACGGCGGCUACACAAACUGGGCACGCGGCGCGCGCCAGAUCGUCGUCAAAGAGGACAUGUUGGACGCGAAGGUCGUGGACACUUGGAUCCGUAUGGAGAAUGGAAAGAUUUCGGGUCGGAUUUCGCUCAAUGCUACCUUCGGUACAGACCAGUAUCCGGUGGUGGACAAGUCCAAGACCUCAUAG